AUAUAAGCAAAGAAGAUAUAAUGAAAAAGAUAGAAGUAAAGAAAAUAGAAGUGAAGAAGAUAGGAGUGAAGAAGAUAGGAGUGAAGAAAAUACAGUAAAGAAGAUAGAAGUGAAGAAGAUAUGGUGA